GUUUGGCAAACAGAACUGUGAAGACAAAAGGAUAAAGUAUGGAUGUCUACAGAAAAGUUGAAGAUAAAAUAAGCAGUGCAUUUGGGUACUAUGGGAAAGUCAUCAGCCGAAAUCCGGCUGCAGCAAUCAUAUUUUCAGUGCUGUUAAAUGGUUUGCUUGGGCUGAAUGUGAUGUGGAUCACCUCAGAAAACGAUAUCAAAACACUGUAUACUCCAACUAAUAGCCAGGCGGAUAUUGAUGAACUGAGAGUUAAAUCCAUGUUUCCCGAUGAAAGUAAUGAAAACUUUCAUUUUCAUCAGUUACCCGACCUUGGCCAUUAUGGAAGUGUCAUUUUUACUGUUAAUGACAAUAUUAUCAACAGAACGUACUUGCCGGAGAUUCAAGACUUUCACCAAACUGUCAUGGGUAUUAGUAUAAAUGGUUCCGAUGGCAAAUCAUACUUUUAUCAAGAUUUAUGUGCAAUUAACAAUGGUCAAUGUUCUGUUUGGGGAUUGUGGUAUGUCGGAGAUUUUUUUUGGGCACAAGUAGCCAAUGGAACAUUGACAUAUCCAACAUCCAGCGACCCUGAUGGCGACCACAGAACAGAUAGAGAGUUUGGGAAAGCUGAAACUGAAAACGGAGUUCUCAAAUCGGCCAAAUCAUUGCGUCUCCAUUACUAUCUUAGACAGCAGAAUAAAGAAUAUACUGCUCUGUCUAUUGCAUGGGAAAAGGAAUUUGUAAAACAGUUGAUGGAGUUCAAAGCUAAUUUGACAGAUUUCACUUUAAGUCACUCCGACUCAAUAAGCACGGAGCUUGAUGAAAAUACUAUAGGGGACAUUGCUCUUUUUAGUUUGACCUUUACAAUAAUGAUAACCUACGCUUCCUUAGUGACAGCUGGUGGAAAUUGUUUGACACAGAGAGGCCAUCUUGGAAGAGUUGGAGUACUAGCUACAGCCCUUGCAAUACUCGGGGCCUUUGGUUUAUGUGGAGCAUUGGGAAUAACAUAUGUGAACAUGGUUGGCAUAAUGCCUUUUCUUAUUUUAGGUAUUGGUGUAGAUGACAUGUUCAUUUUACUGUCGGGGUUGACAGAUGCUCCACUGCGGGGAUCAGUUGAGGAACGGAUCAGUUUUACAAUGCGGACAACGGGCGUUGCCAUUACAAUAACGUCCCUUACCGAUCUGAUAGCAUUCAUGGUCGGCUACAUGUCCGAUUUCAUGAGCGUUCGUCAUUUCUGUCUAUAUACAGGAACAGCUGUUAUACUUUGCUAUAUUAACCAGAUCACUUUUUUCCUCGGUUGUCUUGUUUUUCAUGAACGUAGAAUAGCAUCAAGUCGCCAUUGUCUGACAUGUCAAACAAUUUACACUACUGAAGAAAUGAAAGCAUCAGGUUAUAGGAACCCUCUAGUCUACGCAUGUUGCAGCGGAGACACUCCUGAGAAAAAAGAGGAUCUGCAGAGUAUUUUCGAAUUUGUUCCAACUAAAAUAUUGCCUAAAAUGGUUCUAAAUAUACCUGCUAAGGUUAUAAUUGCCUUGGUCUAUAUAACCUACCUCGUAUUUUCAAUUUCUGGUACUACCAACCUAGAACAAGGGCUUGUUCUCAGAAAUUUAGUCAGUGAGGACUCUUACUAUUACAAGUACAGUAUCGUAGAAUAUGAUAAUUUUCCACUUCCGAUUCCCAUUUCUUUUAAUAUCGACGAAUCACUAGAUUACAGAGACCCACAAAUUGUCGAUAAAAUUAAUGAUUUCGUUCAAUCUGCACAAUCGAACGAACUUGUCCAUAGCAGCUUUGAAAUCAACUGGUUAAAAGAGUUUUAUAAAUCUGGUUUAGCAAUAACAAACGGAACAAAGAUGGAAUUUUGUAACAAAGUUCGGAUGUUUUUUCAGUUUGCACCAAUUUUCAAAAAUGAUGUCGUGUUUAAUGAUAAUGGGACUGAAAUAAAGUAUUCAAGAGUAUACGUUAUCACAAAAAGCAUACAACAGUCACACGAACAGGGACUAAUGAUGCAAGAAAUGCGCAGAAUAGCAGAAAAUUCAGGACUUCCGGUAUUUGCAUACGGACAACCGUUCACUUACUUUGAACAAUAUGUAUCUGUACUUCCAAAUACAAUGCAAACAGUUGGCAUAGCCGUUGUUGCAUGUUUUGUUAUCACGUGUAUAUUCAUGCCACACCCAUUGCUGAUAUUUCUAGUGACCUCGUCUGUAGUUUCAAUCAUGGUUGGCGUGUUUGGUUUCAUGCAUAUGUGGGGACUGUCUUUGAGCUGCAUCACUAUGAUCCACGUUAUCAUGUGUGUAGGUUUUUCUGUCGAUUUCAGUGCUCACAUAUGUCACGCAUUCAUGACAGUUGAGGGAACAGACCGAAAUUCAAAAACAAAUGCAUCGUUGGUACGAGCUGGCGGACCGGUGUUUAACUGUGCAUUUUCAUCGGUUAUUGGAAUAUGCACGCUAAUCUUUUCAAGAUCGUUCGUUUUCAGAUCAUUUUUCAAGGUCAUGUUUUUAGUAAUAACAUUUGCGUUUUUGCACAGUGUUUUCGUACUCCCUGUUAUUCUUUCGUUCAUUGGUCCACUGAAAAAGGAUGAUCCGACUCAAAGGAAGACGUCACAGACGACCUUGACAUCAAACCGUUCGUCUGCAACAUGGUCAAUCAGUGGUGGUGUCAACGCAUUAGACAUUCCUUUUGGAAAUGGAAAACAAAAUGGCCGAAAGUGGUCGACAUAGAUAGUGUUGCUCAUUGUCUGACAUAUAUAUUGUUGCUCAUUGUCUAGUCUGUAUUUUAGGUUUAAUCAAUACAUUGGAAUGCAGUCAUUGACAGUAAUUUAAAUAGAUUUACAUACUAUAGAAUAAGGAUACUUGUUUUAAUUUGUUAAGUUUUUUGUUUUGUAAGUAUUUGUAAUAGUUGUUUGCUGAAUAUUGUAUGAAUGUACUGUGAAUGUGUAACUGGAUAUAAGGUUAUAUUUUGUUAAUAAAAAAAUCAAUGUUU